UGGCACUUUUGGCAAAGGCAAAACACACAGAACAGAAGACUCUCUCUCUCUCUCUCUCUCUCUUUCCAAAUGAAUUGGAGAGAGGUAGGUUUGAUCUCAUCGGCGAGUUUCUUCGGCGCCGUAGCUUCAGCAAUCGCCAUCCGUUUCUUCUUCAGCCCUCGAAAGCACUUCUCCACCGUCGCAGUCGGGAAGAAAAUUGAGUCUCCUUGCCCCUUCAAUCCCACCAAACGCCAAUGGUAUUUGUCAUGGGAUGACUAUUUUAUGGCAGUUGCAUUUUUAUCUGCUGAGCGGUCUAAGGAUCCGCACAGGCAGGUUGGUGCAUGCCUAGUGAGCCAAAAUGGUAUAAUACUUGGCAUCGGCUACAAUGGAUUCCCCCGUGGUUGUUCAGAUGACCAGCUUCCUUGGUCAAAGGAAUCCCGGACUGGUAAUCCCUUGGAGACUAAGUAUCCUUAUGUUUGUCAUGCGGAAGUCAAUGCUAUCCUGAAUACGAACCAUGCAUCGGCUUCAGGGCAGAGGCUUUAUGUCACAAUGUUUCCGUGCAACGAAUGUGCCAAGAUAAUCAUUCAGUCUGGGGUUUCUGAAGUUAUCUAUUUUGUGGAGAAGAGGUUAAACAAUUCAGACACUGCCUAUGUUGCUUCUCACAAACUUCUAUCAAUGGCGGGUGUAAAAGUCAGAAAGCAUCAACCACAGAUGGACAGGAUUUUGAUUGAAUUUGAGGAGCCCUAGAGGUUUUCUCACAACACAACCCUACCCUAAGAAGUUGCAAGAAUGUUCUCGCAACUUGUGUCUGCAUGAAGUGAGAUUAAUUCUACAGCGGUGUUUCUGACAGGCACUAGAAGGGACAAAGCAAAGACAUUAAACUUGUUGAUCAUCAUCACGGCUAACCUUGAAGCGUAUAAUGGUGUUUGGCAGCACGGAAAAUUUGAACUCAGGCACCCUAUGUAUUCAGUGGUCAAAGUUGGACUUGAAGAUAUGUUCAUUUGACCCCUCAGCUUAUGAUAUGACUGCAUGGUAGCCUAUUUGGUAUUACUUAUAAGUUACGAUUAAGUUUUUAAAUUAUUAUUAGUUUAAAAGACUUUAAAAUAAGGUAUUUCUAGUUUGGAAGACUCGUUAAAAUAAGGUGAAUCUGUUCGGUGCAGUUUUUGAUAUUCUUUGAAAAAA